UGCGUGCAGCGCACGUGCGGCUUUGCAUGGAGCUUGGGUCGCGCGCAGGCAGCAGCAGGCUUCACCCUGUGAAGAGGUGGAGCCAUGACGAGACUCAUAAAACCCAAAUCUUAUUCCUCAACUCACUGCCAAGGUGACGCUCUUAACGGCUGACAAACACAUCCGACCUCCGCGGACAGGCAGCGGGCAUGAGCACGACCGGCUUUAGGAGUUUUGGGUCAAAUGUUUGUUCUUGGUUCGAUGUUUUAUAUCCCAAAAGAGGCAGAGCCGACCAGAAGUGACGCGUUCUAGGACGUGCGGAGAAGUCGGCUACCUGUAACCUACUCGUUAUUUCGCUUGACACCAGACCUCGAGGAUAACUGUGUUCUUGCUAUCCGGACUACAGAGGCACCGCAGAGGGAAUAUGACAGCUGUGUCGGGCCACUGAAGGAGUCGUAGUAGGUGUACGCGCUCGGUGUAUGUUCAGGCGAACGCACGGCCAGAUUAUGCAGCAUCCUUUGGACAUGGGGGCGCAUUACUAUCCUCCGGAAGUUCACCCCGACCACAGAACUCACCGCUACAGAAGCUUCAUGAUCGAGGAGAUCCUGACUGAUCACCCGGAGCACAAAGCGUCGGCUCCCGCCGGGGAGCUGCUUAAGUUCGGGGUUCAUGCUCUGCUGUCCGCACGGCCUUUUCCGAACCCAAUGGUGCUGAAAGCCGACCAGACGAGCCUCCUCAAGUUCCCCAUGUCACCGCUGUCCUGCUCGCUGGGCUCCCCGCUGCUGUCGGCCGCUCCGGGGCUGCAGGUCGGCGCGGCGUCUCACCACCUGCCCCUGGAUCUGCACCUCCGGGGAAAGCUGGAGCACGGAGCCGACGGAGGCAGCAAGACCAAGAAGGGCCGCCGGAGCCGCACCGUGUUCACCGAGCUGCAGCUCAUGGGCCUGGAGAAGCGCUUCGAGAAGCAGAAGUAUCUGUCUACGCCUGAUAGAAUAGACCUCGCCGAGUCUCUUGGGCUCAGUCAGCUGCAAGUCAAAACAUGGUACCAGAACAGAAGGAUGAAAUGGAAGAAAAUUGUGUUACAGGGAGGAGGCCUGGAGUCCCCGACUAAACCUAAAGGCCGCCCGAAGAAGAACUCCAUCCCCAGCAGCGAGCAGCUCUCUGAACAAGAAAGAUCCUCUGCUGACGCUGACCCCCAGUCUGCAGGCUCGAGCUCCCACUUAGAGAGCACUCAGGAGGAAUGAUCUGACUGCAGCCUGCAAAUACUGACUCUAUAUGCGUGAGCUCUGGGAUGCUCAGUGUGUAUCUCUUGGACAGGUCCACAUUCCUUAAAGGCACGGAGAGGACGUGUCGAUGCUCCUGAGGCUGGACCGUGUUGUGCAGCAUCUAAAGACUCACAGGCCCAGCAGUGACAGGAAAUAUACAAGCUGGCAUCCUCAUUGUUGUAGCCCCAACAUGCACUCCGUCAUGGUGAGCUUACUGCUGUUGAGGAAGGAACUUGAACCUUUGCAGUAGGUCUACCCUUUAUAUUCUAAGGAUGCACUCUCACUCCUCUGUUUUGCAUUCCUUUUGUGUAACUGUGCUGUUUAAUUAUUAAAUAUAUUUUCACUAA